AUGUUGUUCAGGAGAGAAGUGAUCGAUGGAGAAGGUUGGCUACACAAUGGAGAUAUUGGACUAUGGUUACCAGGAGGACGUCUGAAGAUCAUUGACAGAAAAAAGAACAUUUUCAAGCUAGCACAAGGAGAGUACAUAGCUCCUGAGAAGAUAGAGAAUGUCUAUGCCAAGUGCAGAUUUGUUGCUCAGUGCUUCAUCUAUGGUGAUAGCUUCAACUCUUCUUUGGUAGCUGUUGUUGCUGUUGACCAAGACGUGUUGAGAGAUUGGGCUGCCUCUCAAGGCAUCAAGUUUGACAACUUGGAGCAACUAUGCAAUGAUCCACGAACAAAAGCAGCUGUGUUGUCAGACAUGGAUGCUAUUGGAAGAGAAGCUCAGCUUCGAGGGUUUGAGUAUGCGAAAGCUGUGAUGUUGGUGGGGGAACCGUUUACAUUGGAGAAUGGGCUUCUCACCCCAACAUUUAAGAUUAAGAGAGCUCAAACAAAGGAAUACUUCCAGAGUGCCAUAACAGAAAUGUACCAAGGGCUUGCUGCAUCUGAAACGCCUGCUAAGUCGGCAUUGUGA